AUGAGUGCUGGUGAUGAAAUAUUUGAACAAGUUGUCAACGAUGCUAAGGAACAAAUUGGGAGGUUACGAAAUACUAGAAGGACGACAAAGGAGCAACGAGAAGAGUAUUUAGAGAUCGUGGAGGAGAUUAAAGAUACUAUAAAGGAUUUGUAUAAAAGUAUUGAAGUUAUCAAGAGGAAUGAAGGAGGAUCUACAGUUGACAAAGAAAGGGAAGUUGAAAAUUUGGAAAAAUCUUUAAAAGAAUUAGAAAUAAAUGGCAACAGUAUUAAUGCCAAUUAUAAUAAUAGAGGUCGGAUUGAUGCAGAUGAAGAAUACGUUUCAAAUAUGGAGGAUAAUAAUGCUGAUGUUAAAAAAAAUCCAUUAGGGGAUAUAAUACAGGAGCAAAUGUAUCGUGAACAAAGUGAUCAACUGGACGAAAUACAUUAUACUAUGGGACAAUUGCAAGAACAAGCAAGAACUAUGGGUGAUGAGCUUAGGGAUCAAAGUGAAUUAUUGGAAAAUAUUGAUGAUGGGAUGGAUACAAUUGGUAGUAAAUUAUCUCGUGGUAGAAGACAAUUGGAAUGGAUCUACGAAAAAAAUCGUGAGAAAUGGAACGAUUGUUGUAUUACGUUAUUGAUAGUAGUAUUGAUUAUACUUUUAGUAAUGGCAAUAAUAAUAUAA